AGGCCGAGAGUGUGUUCCGUGCCCAGACCAGUUCCACUCCUGUCUCAAUGCAACUUGGGGGACUCAUUGCCGUGGAGACAACAAGUACCUUGCUGACAACGGGACCUGUGUAAGCACUUGCCCAGAUGGUUAUUUCAGGAGGCAUUCAAAGGUCACUGGCGUGGACGGAGUGUUGAUUGGAGGUACGUGUGCGAAGUGCAUUGGAGACUGUCGGGAAUGCUUGAACGAACAAAAAUGCUUGGUAUGCGAGAACGAAAAAUUUCUCAACAACGGCACAUGCUUGUCAUCUUGCCCCAAUGGUUUCUUUGCCAAACAGGGCAAGGAUGGCAUCAAUGGCACUUGCGAACUUUGCACACAGGGCAGCGCCACCUGUGAACUUGGGCAGGACAAUAUGGCCCGGCCGUUGACCUGUGAAGCUGGCUUCCUCCUUCAAGACUCCGAGUGUGUCAGCACCUGCCCGGCUGGGAAGUACACAGAUCCUCACACGGAGACGUGCAUUGGUUGCCCUGCGGCGUGUGGUGCUUGCAUCAACCAGCAGAAAUGCACCAUUUGCAAGAACGAUGCAGUCCUGGAUGUGAGUGAGCUUCCCAACAAGAGUAUGUGCGUUCACUCCUGCCCUGAUGGCUACUACUCACAGAAUGGUCUGUGUCACUUGUGCUCGCAAUCGUGCGGCAAGUGCAGCUCUCUGAAAUCUUGUGCCGAGUGCAAGGACUACACGUAUCUUACUAUCAACGGGGCAGGAUUUACUUGCGAGUCCGAUUGCCCUGACGGCUACUAUCCUAGCGGCGUUAACGCGAUUGGACGGACAUGCCGCCCCUGCAGCGACGGCUGCUUGAAGUGCGCGACCGCUGGUGAAUGCAAGCAGUGCGGGGGCCAGAAGUACAGGGUUCCCGACGGGUGGUGCGAGGAUGGGUGCCCAAGUGGCUACUACCGCCAUGGUGAUGGCGAAACAGGUCGAACUUGUCAAGUUUGCCCCGGAGAUUUUUUCAAUUGCAUUGAUGCGACGAUAGGGACGGAGUGCCGCAACCAAAAAUAUCUGACAGCCAGCGGAACUUGCGAAAAUGGUUGCCCUGUCGGCACUUACCCUCAUGGUGUAGGAGACCUGGGGCGGACGUGCAUGCCAUGUGGACAGAAUUGUGCGGCGUGUUCAGAUGGUCAAGUGCCCUUGGCUCGACUUGGAAUCCAAUUCAGCUGUGGGCGUUACCACCCCUCCAGGAGAGACCUGUGAUCAGUGCACUAACAGUCAUUAUUUGACUGCAGAUCAUUGGUGCGAGGAUGCUUGCCCGGAUGGUUACUACAAGAAUGGCGCAGGCAAGUUGGGCAGAAGGUGCUUGACUUGCCCAGCAGGAAUUUCAAAAUGCAUCAGCCCAACGGUUGCCACUGAGUGUCGAGAUGCCAAAUAUCUCACCACUCACGGAGCUUGUGUCGAUGCAUGUCCGGAUGGAACCUACCCAACAGGCCACAGCAGCAUUGGCCGCACCUGCCAAGUUUGCGAGGCAAGCUGUGCCCAAUGCACGCAGGCCAAUAUAUGCUUGCAAUGCAAGAAUGGCUGGUACUUGACUGCUGAUUUAUGGUGCGAGGAGGGCUGUCCAGACGGCUAUUUUCGAAAGGGCACUGACAACGCACUGGGACGUAGUUGCGCUCCAUGUCCUGAGAAUGCGUUGAAGUGCAUCGGACCUGCUUUGAUCACUGAAUGCCGGAACUGGUUGUACUUGACCCCAGAUGGCACGUGUGCGCCAGGCUGUCCACAAGGCACAUACCCUUCUGGUUUGAAUGCUGUUGGACGGCGAUGUGAGUCAUGCCACAGUGAUUGCAUGACUUGCACGCGGGAAAAUCAAUGCACCCAAUGUCGAAACGGCAAGUACUUGACCCCAAGUUCCUGGUGCGAAGCAUCCUGCCCCCAUGGGACUUACAAGAAUGGAACAGGAGCAAUUGGAAACACAUGUGAUCCUUGCCCUGGCGACUACAGUGCUUGCAUCCACCCAACUUAUGCGACUGAAUGCAAGCACGCAAAAUUCUUGACGCCAGACGCAGCUUGCAGAGACACUUGCCCACAAGGCUACUUCCAAGAGGGCCUUGGUGAGCUUGGGAGGCAUUGCCCGCGAUGCCAUGAGAACUGCAAGUCUUGUUCAGCACCGGCUUUGUGCACAGUUUGUGACAAUGGAAAGUUCUUGAGCCCGAACAUGUGGUGUGAUGACACAUGUCCUGAUGGUUACUACCGAAAUGGAUCUGGCAAGAUUGGAAACACAUGCCCAGCGUGUCCGAAGCACGCAAGCAAGUGUCUCAAUGCCUCGCAUUCCAUUGAGUGCAAGGAUUCUCGUUACUUGACACCAGACUUCACUUGCGAGGUGGAUUGCCCUCGAGGUCUUUUUCAGAAAGGUGCUACCACAACUGGACGCGUUUGCUCCCAAUGUCCGAGCAAUUGCACUCUUUGCGUGAAUGGCACUGCAUGCAGAGAAUGCAGGAACAACCUCUAUCUCACCCCGAAGUUUUUGUGUGAGGCCGAGUGCCCGUCUGAUCAUUAUUAUGAGCCAGCAUCGUCAUUGAAGCAGAUUGAUUGGAAGAAGCUGCCUGAUCAUAGUUGCGGCGGCAAUGAACUAUGGCAGUGGUCAGGUGGGGGAGACUCGAAGUAUGGCGAGCAGUUUGUAGACAAUUUGGUGGGGUGCCAGCUCAUGUGCAUGGCCAGAGCUGAAUGCGCAGCCUUUGAGAUGCGUGAUGACAGCAACAGUUGUUCUUUCUGGAAAGCUGAGCCUUUAGCCCCGAAAGCAACGAAAGGAAUUCAUUGUUUCCAAAAAGUUGGUCUUGUGCCCAAAAAAGCCAAAGCAACAACAGGGGAAGUUGUGCUUCCUGCUGCAGGGAUUGCAUCGAUGAGUUCUAGCCUGGAGAGCACUUUGCCGCGCCUUUGCAACGACGGGCUUGUAGCAACUCGGUGCAGUUCAACGUGGAAUGAGGCGGCUGGAGAACAGCACCCUUGGUGGCAAUUAGACCUUGGGGCCAAUGAAACGGUGGUGAAGGUCCGUGUCUUGAACCAGCCAGAAAAUUGUGAGGCAUUGUCCGAGGAAUUGACUGGUCUCCACUGCUCUUUGUUGGGUGGAGUUGUGGGUGUCAGCAAGAGGCCUUGUGAGAAAGGCAAACUUUGCAACGGCACAGUCUGCGGAACAUUGACGCAACCAGGAGCUGAUAAAUGGUAUGAGGUUUCUUGCGACCGUUCUGAAGGGCGCUAUGUUUACCUUCAACUCCAAGGAUACCGAGUUUUGAACUUCCAUGAGCUCGUGGCCUACAAGGUAUCAACCAGCGAAUCCUGUGUCGAGACCUGGCAAAUGACCAACAUCGUGCAGAAAGGCGAUACCUUCAUUGCAGCAAAUCAGAAUGGUGGAGAUGCUUUUGCAGUUGCAGGGCCUGUGUCAAGCUUGGCUUUCAAGCCUGGCCAGGAUGAUCGGUCUGUAUGGGUCGGCCUAACCACCAACCCCACAGACGAGAAGGACUUUGAAAAUGGUAGGUUUGUCCUCUUGACAGCGCAUGGCUCUAUAUUGAUCGAUGGUGCAAAGAGUGAGAUGACCUACACUACAGAAGAUUACCUUCGAUUGGAACUCAAAGGCAGUGACCUAAUCAUAUCCAAGAACGGAGCUCCAAUACACAUCUAUGAUUUGGGCUCCAGCACUUCCUUGCACGGCUGGUAUGCUAUGAUUUGGUUUGAAGAGAUGGGACCUAACGACGCAGUCUACUUGGAGAACAUCCAGACAACUUGCUUUCCUUUGCCGGAUGGCGUUGGUGGGACGUGCAUGAAAUGCCCAGAGGAUGUGAGCAGGUGUGUCAACACUUCCAUCGCACUGGAAUGCAAGAACGAUAUGUAUUUGCGCAGAACUCACGACUGCGCACCUCAGUGUCCGAUCGGUGACUUCCCGACUGAUGGUGCCAACGGCAUAGGUGGCUAUUGCACACAAUGUUCAGAGAAUUGCAAAACAUGCGCCAAUGCAUCGAUAUGCCUGGAGUGCAAGAAUCAACGCUAUCUCACCAUUGACUUUCAGUGCAGUGCCGAAUGCACAAAAGGUUACUACGAAAUCAAAGGGGACGCUUGGGACAAUGGACUCGGCGGCUGGUGCAAAUCUUGCCACGAAAAUUGCAGUGCCUGCAACAGCUGGGAAGAAUGUACAGAGUGCACUCUUUACAACUUCAGAACACCUGAUGCAACUUGCACGGACUCAUGCCCCGACACAUACUACAAGAAUGGUACGGAGAAGACUGGAGGUGAAUGUUUGCCAUGUGCAGACAAUUGCUUCGAGUGCGUGAGUGCUACCACCUGCGUUAAUUGCAACAAUUCCCACUUCCUCUCACAAAGCGGUGAGUGUGUUGAGCAUUGCCCCGAUGGGGAAUACGAAGUGGGAGAAGAAGAAUUUGGACGCGAAUGCAAAAAAUGUCCCAAUGACUUCAACAAGUGCCUCACAGCCACCUACGCCUCAGAAUGCACGAACAAUUUGUAUCUCACGGCAGAAGCACAAUGUGAGCCAUUCUGUCCAGACGGAUUUUAUCGAGCCCCCCUUCACGGCAAACUGAUUGGACGUGAAUGCCCGCGCUGUCCAGAAGACUGCAACAAGUGUCAGGAUGCCGGAGCCUGUUCAGAGUGCAAGAACUCCAUGUACCUAAGUCCCGACCUUUGGUGUGAGCCGGAGUGUCCCACUGGCUACUACAAGGUUGGCAACGGAGAGAUCGGAAACAUGUGCCAGAAGUGUCCUGUCAGCUGCCGAGCCUGCGUGGACGCAGAGACGUGCACAGAAUGCAUGGACUUCAAGUAUUUGUCACCAAGCAGGCAAUGUGUCGAGACGUGUCCGGAGAACACUUUCCCACAGGGAGAUGAUGAAGCAGGGCGUGUUUGUGCCUAUUGCGAAAAAAAUUGCCACACCUGUUCAACAGCUACACGAUGCCUUGAGUGUAACAAUUCCCUGCACUUGGACGAGAUGUUCAAUUGUGUUGAUGCUUGCCCGAGCGGCUACUAUCCGGAGGGCAGCAAGGAUCGUGGGAGAAGCUGCCUGAGUUGCCCCACAUAUUGCAGUAUUUGCGCAGGGCCAGAAGUAUGCCUUGAGUGCCACGCGUUUCGCUAUCUGAAUCCAGACAGCACUUGCAGGGCAGAUUGUCCAGAUGGCUUCUACAAGCAAGGAUACAAUGAAACCAGAAACACGUGCCCUCGCUGCUUCCACACUUGUAGCAAAUGUGACUCCGCAGAUGUUUGCACGGAAUGCAAGAACUUCACGUAUUUGACACCAGACUCUAAGUGCAACUAUGAAUGCCCGGCUGGGUAUUGGGAACGUGGCACGGAAGAAGUUGGUGGUUCCUGCGAGCGGUGCUCCGACAAUUGCGCUGAAUGCAGUAGCAUGGACGUGUGCGAGGUUUGCCAUAGUGGAUACUUCCUCGACAUCACAAGUGGAACGUGCAAGAAAGAGUGUCCUGAUGGCUACUGGGAGAAGAUUUUGGAUCGAACCGUGGACAUUGGUCGCACAUGUGAGCUUUGCUCAUGGCCUUGCAACAAGUGCGAUUCGGACCAGCAUUGCACAGAGUGCAAGGACUCUUCAUACCUCACCCCUUUUGACACCUGCGAGUAUACUUGCCCACCCGGCUUCUACCCACAAGGAGUAGGGGAGAUCGGUGUAACAUGCCAGCUUUGCUCUGGGAACUGUGCGACUUGUGACACAUAUGAAGUAUGUACCACCUGCAAGAAUAACAAGUUCUUAAAUCCAGACGGAACUUGUCAGGAUAUUUGCCCCGAUGGAUACUGGCAAUUGCCAGUGUCAGGUGGUGUGGGCAACUCGUGCCCGUUAUGUGCGGAAAACUGCAGCUUGUGCACAAGCCCAACUGUUUGCCAGGAAUGCCGCAAUUCCACCUACUUGACUCACUACAGUUGGUGCGAAGUCCAAUGCCAAGAUGGUUAUUACGAAGAAGGUGCCGGUCACUUUGGCCGCGUGUGCAAGGCCUGUCCAGGCACUUGCAACAAAUGCAAGGCUGAAAACUAUUGCACAGAGUGCAAAAAGUCCACAUACCUCACAAGCUUGAACGCCUGUGAGCAGAGCUGCCCCAUUGGCUUCUAUCCAAACCGGGACAGAGAAGUAGGUGGUGAAUGUGAAACCUGCCCAGAACAGUGCUCGCAAUGCACUAGUGCUUCCACAUGUUCAGAAUGCAAGGAUGGUCUCUACUUGACACCUUAUGGCUUUUGUGAAGACACCUGUCCUCUUGGCCAUUUUGCCCGCGAUGGUACAGCUGGAGUUGGAGGCACAUGCCCAAUGUGUCCCGAGAAUUGUUAUGCGUGCAACAACGCCGAGGAGUGCACGGUUUGCAACAACAACACCCAUCUCACGGCGUAUGGACAGUGCAGAUCAGAGUGUCCAGCAGGAUACUACGAAAACGUCACCAGCGGCAUUGAUGGAGACGUGCACAGGGUAUGUCUCCAAUGCCCAGGACACUGCAACACCUGCGAGAAUGGCCUUCGUUGCACCGAAUGUAAGAAUUCGCUCUAUUUGACAGCAGAGCAGCAGUGCGAAAGCGACUGCGGGCAUGGCUUUUUCCACGAAGGAUUUGGAGUUGUUGGACGGACAUGCCAACCAUGCAUGGAAGAUUGCCACAAGUGCCAAACUUCGACAGAGUGUUUGGAGUGCAAGAAUGACAAGUACCUCACUCCCACGCAGGAUUGUGCAGAUGUAUGCCCACUGAGCUACUAUGGUGAAGGGGACCAAGCCAUUGGCAGAACCUGCGAGCCGUGCUCCAAAGACUGCAAUCGCUGUGACAAUCGUGAGUUUU